CCGCGCGUGCACGACGCUGUGAUGCGGCCAGGAGUGGCGGGAGCGCGCUCGGUUUGGCAGACGCUCGCAGCAGUCGUGGGGGCGUGCCCGUCUAGUGCGUGCACGACGCCUGCGGUGUUUACAUCCACUUCUGCGGAGUUCCAGCGGGCGAGAGCGCCGCGUAAUAUUAAUAGAAUUAGAUUGCUAUUGAGAGGAACAGAGCGAAGCAGCCGGCUUUUGAUAAUAUCAUGUACCGGUCCCUGUACGCCUUCCGCUCGCCGGAGCCCAACUCGCUGCACUUCGCCGCCGGGGAGACUUUCCUAAUUCUGGAGCGGAGCAAUCAACACUGGUGGCUGGGCUCCCGCUCCAGCUCCGGCGAGUCCGGCUACAUCCCGGCCUCCUACAUUGAGAGGAUACAGACCCCCGAACAGGAUGUGGUGCUGCAGUCCAUCGACAGAGCCAUCGAAUCCAUUCACAACACUGCCAUGAAGAACGGGGGCAAAUACAACCUGGAGCAGCGCGACGUUCUGCAGAAGCUGAUUCACCACCGCAAGGAGACGCUGGCGCGCAAGAGCCCAACCAAUCACAAGCAGAUCCUGCCGUCUUCCGCCAGUGACUACCACAUAGGCUCCGCCCCCCACGCCAACGGGCUGAGCCGCAACUACGGGCGGCAGGCCAGCGAGCCGAUCCCAGAGAGCCUGGACCCAGGCAGCGGGGAGGAGGGGCUGUACCAGGUGCCCCCCCAGCCUCGCCGCGCCGCUCCCAUCACCCCCCCUCCUCCAGAGAAGCGCAGGGCCCCCCGCAGACCAGAGCCUGCAGUCCCCUCCAGGAGCUCCUCAAUCGGCCCUGGCUCCUCCUCUGUGAGCUCCGUCUCUCUGGAUACACUGGGCAGCGGCUCCACCCACACCCCCGAGGCCAGUAGUCCCAGCCUGGCCACCACCCCUCCCCCGCUUCCCUGCCGGACCAGGCCCGCUGCUGACCCGGUGCCUCCCAGUCCCUCCCAGUCUCCCUCCCCACAGUCCCUGGCAGCCCCCUCACCCCCUGUGCUGUCACAACCUCUUAGCCCCACCCGCAGCCCCUCCCAUGGUGUGAAGGGGGCGGGGUCAGACCCCAGAGUGGGCGUGCCUCCCAGCAUGGGGGCGGAGCUGAUCGAGCUGGUGCGCAGGAACACGGGGCUCAGCUACGACCUCUCGAGGGUCGCCAUCGGGGUCGUGAUUGGACACAUCCAGAGCUCCCUCCCACACACCGCUGAGGUCAUGGAGCAGGUCCUCCUCUCAUUGGUGGAGAGCAAGGACCUGAGCUCCGCCCUGCCUCGUGGACAGCUGUGUCACGAUGAGCAGCGUCUGCAGGUGAUCUUCACCGACCUGGCGAGGCACAAGGAGGACGCACAGCAGCGCAGCUGGGCCCUGUACGAGGACGAGAGCGUGAUAGCCUGCUAUCUGGAGGAGCUGCUGCAGAUACUGACGGACGCUGACCCCGAGGUGUGUAAGAAGAUGUGCAAGAAGAGCCACUGUGAGCCGGUCCUCUCGCUCGUCACGUACUAUCAGAUGGAGCACCGGGUGGCUCUGCGGCUGCUGCUGCUCAAGGUUUUUGGGGCGAUGUGUAACCUGGACUCUGCCAUCAUCUCAGCACUGGUCAACUCCGUCCUGCCCAUGGAGCUGGCCAGGGACAUGCAGACUAACACACAGGAGCACCAGAAGAUGUGUUACUCUGCGCUGGUGCUGUCCAUGGUGUUCUCAAUGGGGGAGCCUUUACCUUACCACCACUACGAGCAGUUGAACCCGGUCUUCAUGGAGUUCCUUCUGGAUGUGGUGGAGGAGGGGCUGCCCUCAGACACAACGGAGCAGCUCCCAGAUCUAUUCAUCAACGUGCUGCUGGCAUUCAACCUGCACCUCAUGGUGCCGGUGAACAACAUGAUCAUGCAGACUCUGGUGAAGAGACCCAACGCCAAGGUCCUGACUGAGAAGAUCCUGCUGCUGCUGAACCGGGGAGAUGACCCAGUCUCAGUGUUUAAGCACCAGCCCCAGCCCGCUCACUCGGUGCUCAAGUUCCUGCAGGAUGUUUUCUCCAGCGCCGACACGGCCAGCAUCUUCUACCGGACUGACAUGAUGGUGAUGAUCGACAUCGCGGUGCGGCAAAUAUCAGACCUGUCCCCCGGAGACAAGCUGCGUAUGGAGUACCUCUCCCUGAUGCACGCCAUCAUUCGCUCCACAGACUACCUGCAGCACCGCCAUCGCCUGCCUGAUCUGCAGGGGGCACUGCAGCGCAUCCUGGGGGAGGGCGAGGCAGGGGGGCAGGGCGAGGGGGGGGGAGAGGCCAGUCAGAUGGACCAGCUGAUCAUCCAGCAGAUCUACAAGGACUUCCCGGAGAUGCACACGGCCGCCGAGGACUGAGGCCCGGAGGCACAGAGACACACAGAGACACACAGACACAGAGACACAGAGGCACAGGCACACGCACAGACACGCCUGCUUCAAACUACACAGCGGACAAACCCUUUAACACCUGUAUUUAUGCUGCUUGUGACCCGUACCUCUGCCCAAUACCUCACCCCUCUCCCUGCACCCCGCUCCCCUCUCCCUGCACCCCGCUCCCCUCUCCCUGCACCCCGCUCCCCUCUCCCUGCACCCCGCUCCCCUCUCCCUGCACCCCUCACCCCUCUCCCUGCACCCCUCUCCCUGCACCCCGCUCCCCUCUCCCUGCACGCCACACCCCUCUCCCUGCACCCCGCUCCCCUCUCCCUGCACCCCGCACUGUGCAGAGCACCACAGCGAAGGCUGUGGCGCUCUGCGCAGUGAAGGCUGUUCACACUGUGGUGCUCUGCGCAGUGAAUCCUGUGGUGCUCUGCGCAUUGAAUCCUGUGGUGCUCUGCGCAGUGAAUCCUGUGGUGCUCUGCGCAGUGAAUCCUGUGGUGCUCUGCGCAGUGAAGGCUGUGGUGCUCUGCGCAGUGAAGGCUGUUCACACUGUGGUGCUCUGCAGCCUGACAGUGAAACUCCGGCUCCACUGUAGCCUCGCUGCUGUACCCCUGUGCCAGUCUGUCAGCCAGCUCUGUGCCUCGCUGCUGUGCCCCUGUGCCAGGCUGUCCGCCAGCUCUGUGCCUCGCUGCUGUGCCCCCGUGCCAGGCUGUCCGCCAGCUCUGUGCCUCGCUGCUGUGCCCCUGUGCCAGGCUGUCCGCCAGCUCUGUGCCUCGCUGCUGUGCCCCCGUGCCAGGCUGUCCGCCAGCUCUGUGCCUCGCUGCUGUGCCCCUGUGCCCCUGUGCCAGUCUGUCAGCUAGCUCUGUGCCUCGCUGCUGUGCCCCCGUGCCAGUCUGUCAGCCAGCUCUGUGCCUCGCUGCUGUGCCCCUGUGCCAGUCUGUCAGCCAGCUCUGUGCCUCGCUGCUGUGCCCCCGUGCCAGUCUGUCAGCUCUGUGCCUCGCUGCUGUGCCCCCGUGCCAGUCUGUCAGCCAGCUCUGUGCCUCGCUGUGUAUCCUCGGAAUGUUUAAACACAGAGCCUCUCGACUCCGUGCCUCUGUUAUUAUUGUUACUCCCUGUGGGAAGGACGAUGCUGCUCAGACCUCAAUAACAAACCAUCCCACACACAUUGC